UAAACUGGUCUGAUGUAAAGAGGAAGUCCUGGAAAGGCAUUCGAUUGGUUCGUUGAGGUUGAAGGAAAUCCGGUCAACAGAGCAAAAAUAAUAGAGUCGUUCAGUUAGAUGUUCGGGCCGUUUAAAUUUUGGACUUUCGGUGGUGUUAAUCCACGAAAAUAAACCACGUUAGUUUCAUAUAGUAUGUGAGAGGGGAAUAUUACGGGCUCCGAACAACAGGUAACGUCGGAGGUGUGUUUUUGUUUCUCCGACCACUCCAGAAAACUUAACCGAGUCGUCGUUAUUUUUAUUAUUUAAGGUGACGUGGAGUCGAACCCCUUCUUGUAAACUGUCCCGUGUCAGUAAAAGUACUCAGUGUACCCGGAUAUGACCGUAAUAAAUGAAUAAUACGCUGGGACAUUGCAUUCAGGCUUUCCAAGAUGUUUAACUGUAAAUCUUUACAUUGAGCUCCAGUAUCAGCUCAUACCUGAGUAGAGAGGGGGCUAUCGAGGCCUGGAGUCAGAGAAAUCCGGCGUACAGACAGGUUUUGUUGGAUCUGCAGCAUCGGAACUGAAGUGACGCAACAGUGACACUGGGGUUAUGCAGUGUGGACUAGGAUAUCUGCCAGGUGGCUGCCAGAAGACAAUGGGGCUGCACUGCAUCUUGAUCCUGUCCUUGUUCUCAGGCUGGAUAGUAGGCUACAAGCAGGGGGAGAACGUGACUCUUUUUGUGAACAAAGUGGGCCCUUAUCAUAACCCCCAGGAGACAUAUCACUACUACACCCUGCCUGUUUGCAGGCCAGAGAAGGUACACCACAAGUCCCUGAGUUUGGGAGAAGUGUUGGAUGGUGACAGGAUGGCAGAGUCGUUAUAUCACAUCCGUUUCAGAGAGAAUGUGGAGAAAAAAACUCUUUGUCAGCUCACUCUUUCAGAGAAACAGGUGGACCAGCUGCGUGAGGCCAUUGAGGAGCUGUACUACUUUGAAUUUGUCCUGGAUGACAUUCCAAUCUGGGGGUUUGUGGGAUACAUAGAGGAGAGCGGCUUCCUGCCUCACAGCCACAAGGUGGGUUUGUGGACUCACCUAGACUUCAACAUCGAGUACAAUAGCAACUCAGUGAUCUUUGCCAAUGUUUCAGUAAAAGAAGUCAAACCUGUUCCCCUGGAGGAGGGGGCCGGUGCAGUGGUGGGUGGAGUUGGUUUGGGCGGGGGAAGCCUGACUGUCACCCACACCUACAGUGUGCACUGGUUCGAGUCCCCUCUGCCUCAUGCCCGGAGAGCUGAGCGCCUCCGAGACUACUCAUUCUUCCCCAAAACACUGGAGAUCCACUGGCUGUCCAUCAUUAACUCGCUGGUGCUGGUGGUGUUGCUGCUGGGCUUCGUCAUCAUCAUCCUUAUGCGGGUCCUUAAGAAUGACUUUGCCAGAUACAAUGUGGAGGAGGAGGGCGGUUGUGAUGAUCUGGACCAGGGAGACAAUGGCUGGAAGAUCAUACAUACUGAUGUCUUCAGGUUUCCCCCUUACAAAAGCCUGCUGUGUGCUGUGCUGGGAGUGGGUGUUCAGUUCCUUACCCUUGCCACAGGGAUCAUCAUCAUGGCAUUGUUGGGAAUGUUCAAUGUGCACCGCCACGGUGCCAUCAACUCAGCAGCUAUCGUCCUGUAUGCUCUGACCAGCUGUGUGUCAGGGUACAUCUCUUGCAGCUUUUACACACAGAUCAAUGGCCAUCACUGGGUGUGGAACAUCAUCCUCACCUCAUGUCUCUUCUCUGCUCCUCUGUUCCUGACGUGGAGUGUAGUGAACUCGAUCCACUGGUGGAGCGGCUCCACUCAGGCUCUGCCAGCCACCACAGUACUCCUCCUGCUGGGUUCCUGGCUGGUGGUGGGCUUCCCCCUGACCGUCAUUGGUGGCAUUGUGGGAAAGAACCAAGCCGGCAGCUUCCAGGCACCCUGCCGCACUCGCAAUAUCCCCCGACAGAUCCCUACACAGCCCUGGUACAAACACACAGUCGUGCACAUGGCCAUUGGCGGCUUCCUGCCUUUCAGUGCCAUCUCAGUGGAGCUGUACUACAUCUUUGCCACUGUUUGGGGUAGAGAGCACUACACCCUCUAUGGCAUCCUGCUGUGUGUCUUCGCCAUCCUUCUCUCAGUGGGCGCCUGCAUCUCUGUGGCCCUCACCUACUUCCUGCUGUCAGGGGAGGACUACCGGUGGUGGUGGCGGAGUGUGCUGAGCACUGGUUCCACCGGCCUCUUCAUCUUCAUCUACUCCGUCUUCUACUACCAGAACCGGUCAUCUAUGAGUGGCCUGCUUCAGAGCACAGAGUUCUUUGGCUACUCUCUGCUCACAGCACUCGUCUUCUCGCUGAUGCUGGGUAGUGUGUCAUUUUGGGCCUCACUGGCAUUUAUUCGCUACAUUUACCAUAGCCUCAAGAUGGACUAGACAGAAAUGUGCAUACACACAGCUCUAAACAAACCUUUCCUCAUAGCACACAUGGACAAUCUUCAUUCUCCUCUCUUGCUCUUGCAGUCAUAUACACACAGGCACACACACACACACACACCUGUCAUGGGGUCAGUGGGAGGAGAAACAGGGGCCUUUACCUUGAUACGACAAGAACUAAUGAAUGAACUACAAGAGUUAUUGUUGGAAUAAGAGACGGUUGGUUAGUUGGAUGGAUGGACGGACAGAUGAAGGGAAGUAGGGGAGGGCGAUAUUUCCAUCAGGAGCAGACAGGUAAAAUGUACAAUAAGAUACGAGUGAGCGGAUUUAAUUAUUGUAUGAUGUAGUGUGGCAUAGUCUGCUCUGGUUCUUACUUCAAUGGUCUACCAAGGCUUGGCAGGAUCUACACUUUUUUUCCCACAGUACACUGGUUACCCACUGAGACAGCUGACUCAUACUGUAGAUUUGUUUGAUUAUAGAGCAGUACAAGUGUUUAGUGACAAUUAUACUCCCACACACAUAAAAUUAUGUCAGGCUAUUCAAAAAUAAAAUGUUUUACACUGGUCCUGUUAUACUCGACAUGACCCAGUGAGUGGAUAAGAGGAAUUUGGCCUUGUAGAUUGAAGGGCUGUUGCAAAAUGCUAGUGAUGGGAGCAAUAUUGUCAUGUUAUGGUCACCACUGACUGUGAUUUUGGUUCUAUUGUAAAUAUUGUCUUUUCAAUAAAGUGCUUUUU